AUGCUGAAGCAUCCCAGGUCUGGAAAACACAAAGUGACACAGACGGUCACUGAUGAUGCUAAGGAAUUUUCCCAAUCAGUACCUAAGGUAAGAGUAAAAACCUAUGUAACAGAUAACCAGAGUAAAGUUAUAAAUCCACAGGUAGCAACGGUUCCAAGCGAACUACCUAUGGAGACUAACUUUCCUGUCAACACCCAACAAAGGGAUACACCACUGUCUGAAAUUAAAGAUCAGGCUACCAGGUCAGCCGGUAAUCAACUCAGGUAUUUCAAGGUAAAUGUUGGAGAGAGUGUUCACCUGUUAUGUGAUUUUGAAGGUGAUAUAGACUCAAUAGACUUUAUUUCUUGGAAAGGGAGUGAUGGAGUGGCAAUAUUUUUUUGCUCCCAGGAUGCCAAAACAAAAUGCCAAAAGAACACAACGGUACAUACGCUUGGAACGAACCAAGGGCUUGUCAGUAACUUGACAAUAAGAAACACUUCCUUUGCUGAUGAGGAUAUAUAUUCUGUUACUGCGACAGCUCCUGCAAGAAAGACAUGUUGCAUCAGCCUGACAGUGAAUGUUCCACUUAAAGGACUUCUUGUAAUCGACAAAGUUGACCAAGCCGUUCUACAUAAUCAAAGUCUACUCACGGUUGCAGAAGGGCAAAACACGACACUUGUCUGCAAAACCAGUGGAUCAGUGAAACCACCAGUGAAUUUGGAAUGGGAUGUUUCAGUCGGAAUUAUCAUUUAUGACGAUUUACAAGAAAAUAAAAAUGUUGCCCAUGAUGGACGACUGACAGUGCCUACACGAACUAUCGUUUUCACACCAUUAUACAACGGUACUGAUGAGCUUGAGGUAGUCUGUAGGGUGGCGAACGAAUCGUAUCGUAACAUAACAACAUCAGUCAUCAUAACAAAGGAAGGAAAAACUCCCCAAAGUUAUGGAGGAACAACUACCCAAAUUUAUGUAGGAACAACUCCCCUAAUCAGACAUCUUGUGACAAUUUCUGAGGAAAGUAAUCCAAGUCUGACAAGUGAUGAAGAAGUACAAGACAACUGUGCUCUGCUUCGUACAGUUAUCUACAUCUUGGGAGGGUCAUUAGGUGCAAUGAUUCUGAGCGUAAUUGCAGUAACGGUUUCUCACAAGUGCUUACAACAUAACACAGCAGGGGACGCAGACACGGCAGAUGGAGUGUCAGUGACCGCAAUGCAACAGGACUUGAACCACGAGCCUCUCUAUGAGAAUUCCACCAUGUCCAAACCUAGUGUUGGUGGAGAUCCCCCUGUUUCCCGAAGUGAUGUAGUUCCUAAGCAACCCAUCCAGGAUUCUCACGAAUACAUGGAGAUGAUGCCAAUAUCUCUCCCAAGAAUUUCAUCCAAUCAUCAAACCAGUCAACUUGGUAACUCAUCUUCUCUGAACCCUAAACAGUCAGCAUAUGAUUCAUCACUGCAAGGGGAUUCAACUUUAGAUAUUAUACUAAAUUCCUGUGACGUGGGAUACAUAUCCUGUAAUUCAGGUCCUGCAACAUUUCCCCAGCAAGGAAUUGCGCUAAAAAUACCAGAUUCCGUGAUCACCACAUAUUUAUGACUUGUUUAUUAAUAAGGGUAUUUGUAAUAGUUAUCAUUAUUUAUAUAGAAAUGUCUUUUAGAGAGGCUGUGACCAGAUCACAAAAAAAUGGAAAAGUAUUGUUAGGGAACACACAUUAAAAGACAUUGAAAUAUGUCCGAUGACGUGAGACAAAUUAAACAUAAAUUGGCAAGUAUUUGUAAUCUAGAUUUUAUAACAUAAUCAACGUGGACUUGACAAAAUAAACAUUAUAUAUUUGUUUCUCAUUUUGAAUAUCAAAAUCAAUUCCUGGUCAUGAAAUCCGUUUGUCUUCAAUAAACGGUCUCAAGAUGAUUGAAAAACAAUCUUGAAUAGAAAUAGCUUAAAAGUCAUAUAUGCCUUCAUAGUGUAUAUAAAUUAAUGCAUCCUUCAAAACUUUACACUGCAUUCGAGGGACAAAUUACACUUUUCGCGUGGAAGAGUUUUGAGAUACUUUGGAAAAGAAAUGCUUGGUUUUAAUGAAUUCUUAGGAAGAAAAAGAUAAAUCAACUAAUCAGUACCAGACAUAUAACAGUAUACUUUCAUCGGUAAACGGACCGGGCUUGACUUUGGGCCUUUUCACACGAGAGUCUUGAAUCAUUAUUGCAAUGGUGGUUACCUUUCACACGCUCACUCAAAAACUGAUUUAAAUUCAAAUUCUCGAACGAAGGCGGUAUGUGUCAUUGGUGACUUGUC